UUCUCUAUAAAAGGCCGCAAAGAAUUGGAGUUUCAAUAUAGCAGUACUUUGUAUAAGUCCAUUCUUCUUCUCUCUUUCGCCAUGGCUAAUUUCCGACCUUCAAUAGUUUCUGCAAUGUUACUACUUGGGCUGCUAAUGGCUGAACUGCACUCAACAGCUGCUGACAUAGGCGUUUGUUAUGGAAUGCUCGGCAACAAUUUACCAUCAAAACCUGAAGUCAUAGCUCUCUUUAACCAGAAUAAUAUCCGAAGAAUGAGAAUCUAUGAUCCAAACAGGGAGACUUUGGAAGCUCUAAGAGGCUCCAACAUCGAGCUCAUGCUAGGCCUCCCAAACAAUGACCUUCAAAGAAUUGCUUCUAAUCAAGGUGAAGCAAACACCUGGGUUCAAAACAAUGUCAAAAACUAUGCCGCCAACGUCAAAUUUAAAUACAUAGCUGUUGGAAAUGAAGUAAAACCUGGCGAUAGUUUUGCCCAGUUUCUUGUUCCAGCCAUGCAAAAUAUCCGCAAUGCCAUUGUUGCAGCUGGUCUUGGAGGUCAAAUCAAAGUCUCCACUGCAAUUGAAACUGGAGCCCUUGGAGAAUCCUAUCCUCCAUCAAAAGGUUCCUUCAAGCAAGACUAUCGACCAAUUCUUGACCCAAUCAUUCGUUUCCUCAAUGCCAACCCAGCCCCGUUACUGGUCAAUUUGUACACCUAUUUCAGUUAUGCUGACAACCCCCAACAAAUCAGUCUUGACUAUGCACUUUUCAGAUCUCCAGGAGUUGUAGCUUCUGAUCCUCCAUAUAGCUAUAGGAACCUGUUUGAUGCCAUCCUGGAUGCUGUUUACGCCGCACUUGAGAAAACUGGUGGAGGCUCCUUGGAAAUUGUGAUAUCGGAGAGUGGGUGGCCGACGGCUGGUGGUGUUCAAACCACUAUAGAUAAUGCAAGAACUUACAACCAGAAUUUGAUUAACCAUGUCAAGGGAGGAACGCCCAGGAAGCCUGGAAAAGCAAUUGAGACUUACUUGUUCGCCAUGUUUGACGAAAAUAACAAGAAUCCGGAGUUGGAGAAACAUUGGGGACUAUUUUCUCCCAACAAGCAGCCUAAGUAUCCAAUUAAUUUUAACUAGUUGGAUUUAUAGACAGCACAAUUAUGUAAGGAAUAAGUCAUUUCUGGCAUGUGCGUCUUUUCUAUGACUUGUAUUACUUAAUAAAAAUAUGAAUAAGUGCAUUUCUUACUUGCACCCCAAACCUCCCCAACCGAGAAAAAAAUAAUGGAGGGCUAUGUAGCUGAAUUUUCUUUCUGUUUGAAGGCAAAUGAUCACUAAAUAAAUUACUUGAUUGUUAAUUCCUA